AUGUUGAACAAGAACAUUCUACUGUUGUCUCUUCAGAUAAGUCUUCUAGGAACCACUCUUGGUGGGAAUGUCCUGAUUUGGCCAAUGGAAGGUAGUCAUUGGCUAAAUGUUAAGAUAAUUAUAGAUGAGCUGAUUAGGAAAGAGCAUAAUGUGACUGUCCUAGUUGCUUCUGGUGCACUUUUCAUCACACCGACCUCUCACCCAUCUCUGAUAUUUGAAAUAUAUAAUGUGCCCUUUGGCAAAGAAAGAAUAGAAGGAGUGAUCAAGGACUUUGUUUUGACAUGGAUGGAAAAUAGACCAUCUCCGUUAACCAUCUGGAGAUUCUAUCAGAAGAUGGCCACAGUCAUCAAAGACUUCCACAUGGUGUCUAGAGAAAUCUGUGACGGUGUUCUCAAAAACCAAAAGCUAAUGGAAAAGAUGAAGAAGAGCAAAUUUGAGGUCUUGGUAUCAGAUCCAGUAUUUCCUUGUGGUGAUAUAAUAGCUUUAAAACUGGGAAUUCCAUUCAUAUACUCUUUGAGGUUUUCUCCAGCCUCAACAGUGGAAAAACACUGUGGGAAGGUACCAUACCCACCUUCCUAUGUUCCUGCUAUUUUAUCAGAACUCACUGACCAGAUGUCUUUCAGUGACAGAAUAAGAAAUUUCAUUUCCUACCAUCUACAGGACUACAUGUUUAAUACUCUUUGGAAAUCAUGGGAUUCCUACUACAGUAAAGCUUUGGAUGGUAGCCAUUGGUUAAAUAUUAAGAUCAUUUUAGAAGAGUUGAAUCAAAGAAAUCACAAUGUGACUGUACUGGCUUCAUCAGCUACCAUAUUCAUCAACUCCAGUCCUGAUUCUCCUGUGAAUUUUGAGGUGAUACCUGUUUCCUACAAGAAGAGCAAUAUCGAUUCCUUAAUUGAACAUAUGAUAAUGCUGUGGAUACGUCACAGACCAACUCCUCUCACACUCUGGGCUUUCUACAAAGAACUAGGAAAACUCCUAGAGACUUUUUUUCGAAUUAAUAUCCAAAUCUGUGAUGGAGUAUUAAACAACCCCGAGUUAAUGGCAAGACUUCAGAAAGGUGGUUUUGAUGUGUUGCUGGCUGACCCGGUAACAAUCUGUGGAGACCUGGUUGCUCUGAAAUUAGGAAUUCCAUUUAUGUACACGUUGAGGUUCUCUCCAGCCUCAACAGUGGAGAGACACUGUGGGAAAAUCCCAGCACCAGCCUCCUACGUACCGGCAGCCCUUUCCGAGCUCACUGACCAGAUGACCUUCAGUGAAAGGGUUAAAAAUACCAUAUCUUAUCCUCUGCAAGACUAUAUAUUUCAAUCCUACUGGGGAGAAUGGAAUUCAUACUACAGCAAAGUUCUAGGAAGACCCACUACAUUGUGUGAGACUAUGGGGAAAGCAGAAAUUUGGCUAAUCCGAACAUACUGGGAUUUUGAAUUUCCUCGUCCGUACUUACCUAAUUUUGAGUUUGUAGGAGGACUGCAUUGUAAGCCUGCCAAACCGUUACCUAAGGAAAUGGAAGAAUUUGUCCAAAGUUCAGGUGAAGAUGGUAUUGUGAUAUUUUCUCUGGGAUCAAUGGUCAAAAAUCUCACGGAAGAAAAAGCCAAUCUCAUUGCCUCAGCCCUUGCCCAGAUUCCACAGACGGUUUUAUGGAGAUACAAAGGAAAGGAACCAGCCACAUUAGGAGCCAACACUCGGCUCUAUGAUUGGAUACCACAGAAUGAUCUUCUUGGUCAUCCCAAAGCAAGAGCUUUUAUCACUCAUGGUGGAACCAAUGGGAUUUAUGAAGCUAUCUACCACGGGGUGCCUAUGGUGGGGGUACCCAUGUUUGCUGAUCAGCCCGAUAACAUUGCUCACAUGAAGGCCAAAGGAGCAGCUGUGGAGGUGAACAUAAACACAAUGACAAGUGCAGAUUUGCUCAGCGCCUUGACAACAGUCAUUAAUGAACCUUCUUAUAAAGAGAAUGCUAUGAGGUUAUCAAGGAUUCACCAUGAUCAGCCAGUGAAGCCCCUGGACCGAGCGGUCUUCUGGAUUGAGUUUGUCAUGCGCCAUAAAGGAGCCAAGCACCUGCGGCCAGCCGCCCACAACCUCACCUGGUACCAGUACCACUCUCUGGAUGUGAUUGGGUUCCUGCUGGCCUGUGUGGCAAUUGCUAUAUUUUUGGUCACAAAAUGUUGCUUGUUUUCUUACAGACAAUUUGUUAAAACAGGAAAGAAGGAAAAGAGAGAAUAGAUCUUUCUAAGUGUGCUAAAGGCUUCAAUGGGCAAUUCUGUUCUUUCUAGCUACAGUAACCUUAAUGAAAGCAUAUCAUCUCCAACCUGUUUUCAAAAUUCUCAUUCUUCUACCUCCUUAUACUAGAGAUAAAGUUUUUAAUUCAACAAU